UGGACUGCUCAAACAAAACUGAUGAGCGAUCUGCAGAGAAACAGUCUGUCCCCUCUCAGCUCUUCCUCCAGGACGUCUGCAGAGACCAUGGAUUCUUCAUCUCCCAGUCCGAGGCCGGUCUUCAGUCUGCAGCGAGCCUCCGAGCUGACGCUGCAGCAUUAUGGAGUAACCGUGACGGAGGUCUCCAACCUGCCCAGUUACAUGGACCAGAACUUCCUGGUGAAGGACGCGGAGGGGACCAGGUACGUCCUGAAGAUCAUGAACUCAGAGGAGAGUAAGGACGCCACCCUGCUGGGCCUGCAGACCCUCGCCAUGUCCUUCCUGCUCUCUCGUGGAGUUCCUGCUCAGACGGCUCUCUGCACCACCACAGGGCGGCUCAUGACUUCAGAGGAGACCGGCUGUGGACCCGGUGCUCAGACCUUCUGUGUGAGGCUGAUGACCUACCUCCCAGGAGACACCAUCGCACAGUCUCCAGUUACAACUCAAGAUCUGUACCGUGUCGGCAAGCUGGCUGCCAACAUUGACAAGGCAUUGCAGCAGCUGCAGUCUCCAGACCUGCAUGUGUUACAGAGGGAUGGCGUCCUGUGGACUUUUCCUAACUUCUGUCUCCUGGAGGACUACCUGUCAGUGAUGGAUGGAGAUCCUCUGCAGGAUAUAGUCCGAGCUGUCUUAGACCAGUUCAGAUCUCACGUGCAGCCCAGAAUCAACACUUUCCAAAAAGGAAUAAUCCAUGGAGACUUGAGCGACCAGAACAUCCUGGUCACCCCUGGUGGCGGCGGGCAUCAUGAGGUCUCGGGCGUCCUGGACUUCUCCUUCCUCAUGAACGGGUGCUACGUGUUUGAACUGGCAGUGAGCAUCAUGUACCUGAUGCUGGAGAACCCCCGUCCUCUGGAUGUGGGUGGAGCAGUGCUGGCGGGCUGGGAGAGCAUCAUGCCGCUCAACGAGGAGGAGAAGGAUUCCCUCUUCCUGCUGGUGCUCGCACGCUUCUGCCAGUCUCUGGUUUAUGGAAGGUUCAACGCCAGAAGAUACCCAGACAACAAGAAGUUCAUCCUGACCACUGCAGAGAGCGGGAGCAGGCUCCUCACUGAGCUCUGGGAGCGAGGCAAGACAGACGUCGAGCAGAGGUGGUUCAAGGACGCCAGCGUGUUCUCAGAGGAGUCUUAGAGAAACCUGCAUCAAGACAAAGAUCUGAUCCUGUUUCUGAUCCUGUUUCUGACCCUGUUUCUGACCCUGUUUCUGAUCCUGUUUCUGACCCUGUUUCUGAUCCUAUUUCUGACCGUGUUUCUGAUCCUGUUUCUGACCGUAUUUCUGAUCCUGUUUCUGAUCCUGUUUCUGAUCCUGCUUCUGAUCCUGCUUCUGAUCCUGCUUCUGAUCCUGUUUCUGAUCCUGUUUCUGAUCCUGCUUCUGAUCCUGUUUCUGACCGUGUUUCUGAUCCUGUUUCUGACCCUGUUUCUGAUCCUGUUUCUGACCCUGUUUCUGAUCCUGUUUCUGAUCCUGUUUCUGACCGUGUUUCUGAUCCUGUUUCUGACCCUGUUUCUGAUCCUGUUUCUGACCCUGUUUCUGAUCCUGUUUCUGAUCCUGUUUCUGAUCCUGUUUCUGAUCCUGCUUCUGAUCCUGUUUCUGAUCCUGCUUCUGAUCCUGUUUCUGAUCCUGUUUCUGACCGUGUUUCUGAUCCUGUUUCUGAUCCUGUUUCUGAUCCUGUUUCUGACCCUGUUUCUGAUCCUGCUUC